AUGGAGAACUGUACGGCUGAAGGAGCAGCGACCACAGACACAGAAGGUAUCCAUCUGAACUGCAGCAUGUCCGGGAGGCAUAACGUCAUCUUCACCCUGAUCCCAGUAGUGUACGGCUGUAACUUUGUCAUCAUCAUGGUGGGGAACAGCAUGGUGGUGGCGGUCAUCUACCACUACAUGAAGUGGCCAACGUGUUCGUUCCCAACCUAG